AUGCCACCGGAGAUUGCUGCAGAAGUGCGCGACAUUAUCUCGUCACCUCCUCCGCACAACCCGUACGACAAAGUGAAAGAGGAGUUGAUUCGACGGACUGCAGCGUCGGAGCAGCGACGCCUUCAACAGCUCCUCAUCGCUGAAGAACUAGGUGACAGAAAGCCGUCGCAACUUUUGCGACGCAUGCAGCAACUUCUUGGCUCCAACACACUGGACAACACGAUUCUGCGGGAGUUGUUUUUGCAGCGCCUGCCGUCGCAAGUGCACAUGGUGCUUACAGCAGCAGGCGAUAUCAGCAUCAAUGACCAGGCACGCCUCGCUGACCGUAUCUUGGAACUUUCGGUUCAGUCAACGACUCCGAUCGCGUCGGUCGACGCAGCUGCAGCGUCGAGCUCAAGUACCGGUGCGUCACACACGCCACCCCUUCAACAGGUUGUGCCAGUGUCCGAUUCCAUCGCAGCACUUGCGACCAACGUCGAGCAAAUACAGAGCACUGUGACACACUUGACAAACAUUGUCGCAAAUAUGCAAAGAUUUGGCCGUACGACACGCCAAAGUGGUCCAACACCAUCGCGGUCCCGUCGCUCUCGCUCAGCUUCACCGGCCGCCUACAGUACCACGUGCUUGAACCACCGUACGUUUGGAGAUGCCGCCCAACGCUGCCGCUCACCCUGUGGAAGAUCGGGAAAUGCCACUCCCAGCCACUAA